GGAAAAUGUAAAAUAAAAGAAACUCAGCGGGGUUGACACGUGGCCAAUCAAUAUGGGGUCAGCAAUGGUCUCGAAAGCCAAGUUCGAUGUCUAAAGCCCGGAGGGUUCCUGUCUCUGACAGUUAUUAGAGAGACUUUCCUCGGAUGGUAUUUAUUCUCUCUCGGCGACAAUGAAUUCGGGGAACGAGGCGUGCGUCCCUCAAGAUUUAUUGAAUAUUUAAAUUGCUGAAAUUCGGAAAUUGUGGAGAGCGAGGGUGCAAUCGUGGUGGUCUUUCCAUAAUAUCUAUUGCUUGUUGAUGGGGUGAACGUGUAUGUUGCCAGAAUCGACUACAUUUCAUUUAGGUCCCGGAUUAUUAACAAUGGACUUGUCAUAAUUUCGUAAUGUCAAACGUAAAAACUCACACACUUAUUUAUCGAUUCGAAGACUUCUGAAAAGUUAGGUAACCGUUAACAGCUAAAUGGGAGGGCGACUUAAGUUUGUAUCAAUUUGUUGCACUUUACUCAGCAUUUGGGGCUUCAUUCAGUUGCUGAUUAUGAGCUUGUUGUACCGCUUCUCUUCGAUAGCGUUGAUAAAAGAUUUGCUGGAUGAUUUCGAGUUCGAAACGGAAAAGGAAUUUUACGAACACGUGGACGAUUACCACAAAAAGACAGCGCUAUCGUGCUUCAUAGCCUCGGUUAUGUACUUCAUAAGCUUCAUCCUAAGUUAUUACACGUACAGGAGAAUUCAAAGGAAGGAACAUCCGUUUAAAGGAAAGAAAAAACACUCACGACGAAGAGAAUAAAAAAGCUG